UCGACAAGCUCUGUUCGCACUUUUCUUUGUCUUCGCCCAUGAGAAGAUACGAACAUUUCCAAAUUCGUGGCCACGGAGGAAAACCACGCCCGGCCCACCCGCGUCGCCCCCGCGGGCGACCGGGAGGCAUCCCUAGCCGUCGCCGCCGGUCCCCCCAAUCCCCCGCCUCCGUGCAGCACCGGCGGCGGCGGGCCCCCUCCUCCUCCCUGCUUGGUGGUGGCCGACGCAGGACGGAGCCGCCGGGCUGUGGCGCGGCGCUACUCGUGGGGCGCGGCGGCGUGGUGCAGGAGUCUCGCCGCAGUCGCGGCUGGCCUCGGCGUCCGCGCGGACGGCUGCGUGGCGGUGGUGCACGCUCGUACUGGUGGCGGCUGUGCAGCGAGAUCUCGAUCUGGCUGCGGGCGGCGUGGCCAUGAUGCGGGCUGCAGGCGGCGCCGGAGCCGGAGUCGUGCCCUUUUUGGUGCGGUGGCUCGGCCGACGGAUGGCCUGGUGGCCGCCGGUGGUUCCUCCUGCCGCUCCUGGAGAUCCCCUUGUAUCCCCAUGUAGGUGGGAUGGCUACUGCGGGGCGGGUGGCGGCGUGCUCGUCCUGGAUCUGGCAUCGGGAUUCGGGCGGGUGGUGCGGGUUGGGCAGCAGCCUGGCAUGGUUGUUGCUCCGGCCCUGGGCAGCGGUGCGGGGAGGUCCGACGCAUGGACGGUGAGCUCCUGGUGGCGCGGCCGCUACACGGUGGCUCGGCGGCUCUGCUCGCGGCGACGGCCGGCUUCUUCUCCGGCGUCGGCUCGUCUGCAGGCCAACCGUUUCAACCUUCACUUCAUCUCCUCGUCGUCCGGACGUUACUCCCAUAUGGUCCUCUCCCAGCUGCGGUCCACCGCUCGUCUCGCGCCUGGUGCUGCAGGACCGAACUCGUCUCACACACGGACCGAGCUCGUCUCGCGCUCGGGGAAGCAGGGCGGGUCGAUGGAUGCCAGUUCUGGCCGGCCUAUUGGGUCUCGACGCUGGGUCGCCCAAGGGUGCGAAAGGUGGGACCUUUCCGCUCGCCUCUUUCGUUGGGGUGCGGCGGGUCUCAGGUGAGGUGGUGUCAAGGUCUUGGAUGCCGGGUCGGUGGCCCUGGUGGUGGUCGCGCGGUGCUCUUGGGCAGAACCCGUGCCUUGGUGUUGCCCGGUCUCCAUGGCUGUGUGGGCGGCGUGGUUGCUGGGGUGUGGCGUUCGGUGGCGGUGAGUGUUGGCUGAGGUGAAAACCUGUUCUAUCUUCGGACGUACCGGCGGCGGCGAAGAUCUUUCCCUUCUUGAGGGCGUCGUCGCGGCUCUCAUUGGCCCGUCAUGCGGCUUCAGGGGAAACUCUGAACCUUGGAUCGGGCGGUGGCGGCUCUCCGGUGCCGUUCCCUUCCUGAAGGCGGCGCCUUGGAGCACAUGGUUCGUCAUAUGUAGCUUCAUCUCUUUGUGGUGGUAGUGUUAGGAGUGGUGUUGCUGCGCUCAGCGUCUAUGUAUCUUGCCCUGGAUGUGUGCGUGUGUUGUGGUAGCGUGUGUUUGUACUGGGUGCUUGAUGAUCGGUGCUUUAUAUGUAAAGCGGGCAAGAAGCCUUUUUCUGUAA